GUCCGGCCGGCCGGCGCGCGGUAAUGCCCGUCGGAACCGUGAGCCGCCCGUGCCACGCCGCUGUUUUCCCUGCGCCCCCGCAGCACCGGCGCCCUGUGCCCGUCCCUGUCCGCCAUAUAUACCGGCCCCGCCUCAGAACUCGGCCUGAAGCCCGCAGCCUCCUCGAUCCCCAAACCCAUCUAGUGAUUCCCGUCAUCUCCUUCAGUUCGCAACGCACAUAGCCAAAGCCAUGGCGGCGGCACACCUCGCUUGCGCCUUCUUCUUCGACGCCGAGCCGGUCGGCGAGCCCAGGCUGCCCGCGCUGGACGCGUGCUCGCUCUGCGCCAAGCCGCUGGGGCGCGACAGCGACCUCUUCAUGUACCGAGGGGACACGCCCUUCUGCAGCGAGGAGUGCCGCGACGAGCAGAUGCAGUUCGACGCCAUCCGGGCCAGGCAGGCCGCAAGGUCGGCCGCCCGGAGGCACCAGCAGCACUCGUCGGGAGCGGAGUCGCGGAGUGGGCACCAGGUGACGAGGAAGGCAUCCGCGGUGGCGAGCUGAACGGGUAGCUGGACUCUGCACAUCCAGUCAUCCAGAGACCUGAUGAGCAAGGGCUGGUUGGUCUCCGGAAGGUACGGGGAAGCAUCAACCUGCUGAUGGCCUGAUGGGACACGAGGGAGAGCUCCGUUUCUCCGUCACGCUUUGCCCGGCCUGAGCAGCGCGAUGAUGGCCGGUGCCGGUGGAGGAAGGAUCCGUGAGAGUUCAUAUGCACUGCAUGAGGCUUUGCACUCUCCAACAGAGAAAAUUCCUAUCGGGUCGAUGGUGCCAGAGUGCAGGUGUGUAGUAAGAUUUAGCCCAUACAAACGCCGUGUUGUACAUUUGGGAAGCUUGUUUCCAAAUUCCAGCCAAAUUAAUUUCCAUACUAUCAUUGUUAUGUGCCUGAAUUGGUUUGUAUGGAAACAAAUGCACGAGUCUGUCUGCUAAUUGCGUCAUCUGUAUAGUAUCGACAGUGUAUAGUUGCUUCGAC